CAUAUUCUUUCCCAGAUCUCACAAUGCAAUUAUAGGCCCAUUUCUGGCCCAACGUCUCUCUCUGUCUCUCUGCUUUCCGAGUCAUUUCAUUUUCCCGGAAAAUAAAAAAGUUCUUUCCUUUUUGAUCGAAUUCAUGUCGGAAAAAGGCAGGCCACUCCCAAAAUUUGGUGAAUGGGACGUCAAUGAUCCUGCUUCGGCUGAGGGGUUUACUGUGAUCUUUAACAAGGCUAGGGAUGAGAAGAAGACAGGUGGAAAACCCGAGUCACCAGGAAAGGUUGAUCCUAAUAUCAGGCAUGGAGGAGGAGUGGAUCCUGGCACUGGCAGGCCUUCAUCUAAAAAAUGGUUUUGCUGCAUUCAUCAACCACCGGCAGAGUCUUGACAAUGUUGUUCUCCUAAGUGCUCCGAUGGAGGAGCACGGUGUUCUGUAACUGGCUCCACCGUACAUUUCCAAAGAAGAUAGGGAGCUGUAUAGCAAUGAUGGAUGGAAUUUACCGUGUGGCGUAUAAAACCAAAACAAAAAACUUGGUGAUGGAAGAAGUAAAGAACGACGACUACUUAUUGUAUCUAUAUUGUCCGUUCGAUGUGAUGAUCGGUAUUAGAAUAUACCGAUCUGUUUCGUCGUCUUAUCUUUGCUUCAAGCUUUAGAGCUUUGCUUAUGACAUUCUUUCCUUCUUCCCUAAUUGUAUUAUCAAACCACUCUAGUGUGAAAUUAUUUUGUUUCGGAUUUCAAAUUCCGAAAAACUUUCUUCUUUUCCAUUUGUAUCUAGUUUCGGUAAAUAAAGUCUACAUUUCAAUAAAAA